AUGAAUUUUUUAACAUACAUAUUUGUCUACUUGUUUCAGGUGAUAUAUUCAAUUUUCCGUCCUAUGAUAAAGUAUAUUUCUCGAUUAGUAACAGGGAGGUGUGAACUAAGUCGCAUAAUUGCUGAUUGUCCGAAAGGAGCACCCAGAACUGUCAGAAUAGAAAACUCGCUGAGGAAUUCAAAAAAUAAAUCUAUUCAAAAUGGAUUGCUUUUGGGAAAAUGUACAGAUGUCAAAUCACAUGUGCAGUUUGUCAUUAGUGCUAAGCGUAUCGAUCUAAAAGAUCAACCAAAUUUUCCUACCGAUUAUUUGUACUGCAUCAUUCAAAUCAACUCUUAUCGGGAACUAAUAAAUACAUUGGAUGCCUUGAAGUGUACUGCGUUUAAUUCAGAUGAUCAAUAUCACUCCGAAUUACUUUCAAGGUUAUGGAUUUGUCUUGAUUCUCAAAACGAAUUGUCAUCCCAUAAUGGAGAGAAGUGGACUCUUCUUGGAUUUCAGACGGAGAACCCCGAGACGGAUUUCCGCGGAAUGGGUAUACUGUCUCUUGAAAAUCUUGUGUACUUCGCAGAAUCACACACAAAAUUAGCGCGAAGUAUGUUAUCGGCAUCACAUCAUCCUAACAAAUGGUAUCCAUUUGCUGUAACUGGUAUCCACUUGACGAAGUUGUCGUACAACUUAAUGCUGAAGGGUUAUCUAAAAUAUCAAUUCUAUAACAUGUCUUCAUCAGCCAGCAUACAAGAAUUCAACGAGUUUUACUGCUAUACAUUUUAUUCUUUCCACAAAUUCUGGACGAAACACCCUCGUGAUAUAAUGCAAUUCAACAAAUAUUGUGACGAUUUCGCGAAUAAAUUGAAAUGUCUUUUAUUGGAUGUAAACUGUAGAUUAUGUUUAUCGGAAGAUAAAAUUUAA